AUGGCUAAUUCUAAAGAAUUUAUCAAGAUCCCAAUCUUUGACCUCUCUACAAAAACAUUAAACCCCACGUCAGCUUCAUGGCUCGCGGAUUGUAAGAAAGUGAGACGUGCUCUUGAAGAGUACGGGUUUUUCUUGGCACAGUAUAAAGACGUUUCGUAUGAGCUAGACAGGCAGGUGUUUUUAGUACUGAAGGAACUAUUUGAUCUGCCACUCGAGACCAAAACUAGAAACACUUCGGACUUAGUUUUUUACGGGUAUGUGGGACAAUUGCCUCAUGCUCCACUCCAUGAGAGCAUGGGGAUUCCAGAGGCAACCACCAUUGAUGCUGUUCAAAGCUUCACAAACCUCAUGUGGCCAUCGUCAGGAAACAAGUCAUUCUGUGAAAGCAUACAUUCCUAUGCAAAGCUAGUUUCAGAGCUGGAAAAAAAAGUGGACCGAAUGGUUUUCGAAAGCUAUGGGGCACAGAGACACUAUGACAAUCAUAUUGGAUCAACAACGUACCUCUUAAGAACCAUAAAGUAUUUGCCUCCGCACGCUAACAAUGAGGGCAAUAAUGUGGGGACCAAUGUCCACACAGACAAGAGCUUUUUGUCCAUACUUCACCAGAAUCAGGUCAAUGGCUUGCAAGUGCAGCUGAGGAAUGGGGAAUGGUUCUCCGUGGAUGUCCCUACUGGAGCAUUUGUGGUCAUGGCUGGUGAUGCUUAUGAAGCAUGGAGCAAUGGGAGGAUAUUUGCAGCCAAGCAUCAAGUGUUUAUGAAAGGGGACCAGCCCAGGUAUUGUCUGGCACUAUUUUCUUUCAACCGUGGCACCACCUAUAUACCUGAAGAGCUGGUGGAUUCUGAUCAUCCUCUGCAGUAUAAGGCGUUUGAUAAUUUCGGGCUGGCCCGGUUCUAUCUCAGUGGUGCAACUCAGAUGACUGAGAGCACUGCCAAGGCCUACUGUGGUGUUCCUAUCUGA